AUUACUAAUUAGUCGGAAGUGUGCACCGGUGUACCCGUGUGGCGUGUACCGCACAUGUGUGAUGUGUGUUGAGUAGGUGGUUGUGUACAUGUGAAUGUUUUGAAAAUGGAAGUGUAGUUGUCAACUGACUUAAAUCCCAAAGUCAGAACAUUUCAUUUGCGCGUCGUGUGAAUGUGUGACUAUUGGAUGUAAAUUGACAUUCAACGAUCUUUCUAUUAAUCAUAAUGAGUGACGAAACUCUGGUAAUUGUGCCUGAGACUAUUAAUUUUCCUGCUGAAGAGGAAAUUGUCUUAGCAUUCUGGAAAGACAAAAAUGUUUUCAAGAAUUGUUUGAUACAGUCAAAGGGAAAGCCAAGGUUCUCUUUUUAUGAUGGACCACCAUUUGCCACAGGUCUUCCACACUAUGGUCACAUUCUAGCAGGGACAGUGAAAGAUAUAGUAACCCGUUUUAUGCACCAGUGUGGUUUUCAUGUUGAACGGAGGUUUGGCUGGGACUGCCAUGGCUUACCUGUAGAAUUUGAGAUUGAUAACAAGCUUGGAAUAAAAGGGCCAGAUGAUGUAGCGAAAUUGGGUAUUGCCAAUUACAAUGCAGAAUGUCGAACUAUAGUAAUGCGAUACGCUACUCAGUGGCAGGAGAUUGUAACUCGUAUGGGGAGAUGGAUAGAUUUUGAAAAUGAUUACAAAACUAUGUAUCCUGCUUAUAUGGAGUCUGUGUGGUGGGUGUUCACAGAAUUGUUUAACAAAGGUCUAGUGUACAAGGGAGUUAAAGUCAUGCCCUUCUCAACUGCAUGCAAUACUCCAUUGUCUAAUUUUGAAUCGGGCCAAAAUUACAAACAGGUGCAAGAUCCUGCAGUUAUUGUUAGUUUUCCAUUGGUUGAUGAACCUGAUGUUUCCUUGAUUGCUUGGACCACUACCCCAUGGACUCUCCCUAGCAAUAUGCUACUGUGCGUAAAUGCGAAAAAAGUUUAUGUGAAAGUGAAAGACAAGAAGAGAGAGUCUGUCUUUAUCCUCAUGAAAGCUAGACUUGAAUCUUUAUACAAGAAGAAAGAUCAGUAUACAAUAUUAGAAGAAUUUGAAGGAUGUGUUUUAAAGGGGAGACAAUACAAGCCACUUUUUAAGUACUUUCUUAAUUAUGAAUCGAGAGGAGCUUUCCGUGUCCAGACAGAUGACUAUGUGACAGAAGAAUCUGGUACAGGUGUUGUUCAUCAGGCUCCAUUUUUUGGGGAAGAUGAUUACCGUAUUAGUUUAGCCGCUGGUGUUCUCACCCGUGAUGAAAAUUUAAUGUGCCCAGUUGAUGAAAGUGGCUGCUUUGUUGAUCCUGUUGUAGAUUUUAAAGGCCAGUAUGUGAAGGAUGCAGAUAAAAAUAUUAUAAAAUGGGUGAAAGAGGCUGGCCGGCUCGUUGACAACUCAACAACUGUGCAUCAGUACCCAUUCUGUUGGCGCUCAGAUACACCUCUUAUCUACAAGUGUGUGCCAUCUUGGUUUAUCCGUGUGCAGGAAAUGACUGAAAACCUCUUGAAAUGUGUGCGAGAUACCUACUGGGUUCCAGACUUUGUUAAAGAAAAAAGAUUUGGUAACUGGUUGAAAGAUGCUAGAGACUGGGCUAUAAGCAGAAAUCGUUAUUGGGGGACUCCUAUACCUCUUUGGGUUUCUGAGGAUGGUGUUGAGGUUGUGUCCAUAGGAAGCAUUGCAGAACUGCAACAGAAGAGUGGCCAGAAAAUUUCAGAUAUACACCGUGAAAGCAUUGAUCAUAUAACAAUACCAUCAAAGCGGCCAGGCUGUCCUCCUCUGAAGAGAGUCCCAGAAGUAUUUGACUGCUGGUUUGAAUCUGGAUCAAUGCCAUAUGCUCAGUUACAUUAUCCAUUUGAAAACAAACAAAAGUUUAAGGAUAGUUUCCCAGCUGAUUUUAUUGCUGAAGGCAUAGACCAAACAAGAGGCUGGUUUUAUACUCUCUUGGUGAUUUCAACAUUAUUAUUUAAUAAACCAGCUUACAAGAAUUUAAUUGCAAAUGGCCUUGUAUUGGCAGAAGAUGGCCAGAAGAUGUCAAAAAGGAAAAAGAAUUAUCCAGACCCUAUGAAGGUUGUCAGCGCCUUAGGAGCUGACGCACUAAGAUUGUAUCUGAUCAAUUCCCCUGUGGUCAGAGCUGAAAAUCUCAGAUUCAAGGAACAGGGUGUCAGAGAUCUGCACAAAGACGUUUUUCUUCCGUGGUACAAUGCAUACCGUUUCCUUAUCCAAAAUAUUGUUAAGCUCAAAGGUGAAGGUGUGGACUUAAAAUUUGAUCCAGAUGAGAGAAUGGAAGAGUCUUCAACAAAUAUAAUGGAUAGAUGGAUUCUAUCUUUCACAUAUUCAUUAAUCAAGUUUGUGAAAAACGAAAUGGAGCACUAUAGGCUUUAUACAGUUGUUCCUCGCCUCAUCAAGUUCAUUGAUAAUUUGACCAACUGGUAUGUGCGUAUGAACAGGAAACGACUAAAGGGAGCUUUUGGAGUAGAAGAGUGUACAGGUGCCUUGAAUGUGCUCUUCGCUGUCCUUUUGCUGAUGGUUAGAAUAAUGGCACCAUUUACACCAUUCAUUACAGAAACAAUGUACCAAAAUUUAAGAAGGGCACUAAAGAAACAGAACUUUGAAGGCUGUGAUAAUACAGAAAGUGUACAUUAUCUUCCUUUUCCCAAAGUGAGAGAAACCUGCAUUGAUAGUGAUGUAGAAAAAACUGUUGCAAGAAUGCAAACUGUAAUAGACUUGGGCCGUGUAAUACGUGAUAGGAAGACAGUUCCAGUCAAGUACCCACUGCCUAGCAUGAUAAUAAUACAUCCAGAUGAAAAGUGCAUAACAGAUCUGAUGCGUCUGAGGAGGUACAUUGCUGAGGAGCUCAAUGUUCGCCACGUGACCUUGACAACUGAUAUGGCUGGCUAUGGAGUAGUGAGAAAGGCUGAGCCUAAUUACAAGGAACUGGGAGUCCGUUUCAAGAGUGAAUUGAAGACAAUCACAGAAGCAGUAAAGGACUUCUCAGAAGAUGACAUUCAAAAGUUCAUUGAAAAUGGCCAUGUCACUCUUUUCGGUCACAGACUGGAGUCAUCUGAUAUUGUUAUAAAACACCACUUUGAUGUAGUGAGAACAAAGACUGGAAAAGGAAAAUUUGAAGGAGACAGCCAAGACAAUAUUAUAGUCCUGUUGGAUAUGGAGGCAGGAAAGGAUCUCCAAGAAGAGGGACUGGCUCGUGAAAUAGUAAAUAGAGUUCAAAAAGUGCGUAAGAAUGCGGGGCUGUUGCCAAUGGAUGAAAUUGUUAUUUAUUAUGAUGUAAAGCCUCCUAAAAGUGAACUCAGUAGUGUUGCUGAGCACUACAGUGAAUAUAUAUAUGGCACUCUUAAAAUGCCGUUCAGGCACCUUAACAGUAUUCCAGCUGAUGCUCAUAUUAUAAAGGAACAAACUUUCCAGGUGAAAGAUGCCGAACUGCAAGUAGCUUUGGUAUCAUGCAACAGAAGGCCCAAACCUGAUGUUCAGAGGAAUGAGGAACCCUUCUGCAGGUAUACAAAUGUGAUUCUGAAUACAAAUGGACCGACGAAGUAUGGCACAGUGUUGCUUGAGAAUCCUGUUGGAAAACUCAUCUCAUUUCAUGAAAUUGUUCAACAGGUAAAAGUACUGUUCUCUCUGGAUGAUGAAUUCAAGUUACAUUUGCCUGGUGUCGGUGAUCUGGACUGUGUGAAUGAUGUCACAGAAUUACAUACGAGGACACUGUUGAUUAAUCAACCAGGAGGAAAAGCCAAUACUGCUAAUUUUCUGAAAGAAGAUAUAUCUGUACGGUAUGCAAAUGUGGAAUACAUUUUGAAUGGCAGAUGUGAAAGGGGAACUGUUCUUUUAGAAAAUCCUAACAAUUCUGUUCUGAAAUUAGAUGAAUUUGUUAAUGAGCUUACAGAGUUAUUUGACCUGUCUGGGUACUAUACAUUAUCAUCACCUGUCAAAAUUGCUCUGAAACAAGAAGAAAAUGCAGCGUUAUUCCACAAGAAGACACUAUUUUUGUACCCGAAUGGAAACUCCAAUAUCGCCAGAGUACAGUCUCCUGGUGAAAACAGAAGCUGACACUACUACAACCAUGAACGUUAAAAUGCUACAUUAUCAUCAAGUUGAAGUAAAAAUGGGGCUCAGUUAUUUUGAAGUUUUGCACUAACAUCACUCGGAAGAUCAUUUACACUAGAAACCUCUUCCACCAUUAUCCAGGAUCACCACUCCCCACAAAAUUGUUUGUGCGUUUUGUAGCAUUAAAUGGUUUUCUUUAUAACAUUGAAGGACAUUUAAUAAAAUUUGACAGUAGCAUCAGAUAAUUACAAAGUGAGAGAGAAAAUCAUUGCAAAGAACAGCACAUCUGUAAGCAGUUGAAAGUAAGCAUCAGCAGAGUUCUAUUGUAAUAAUGUGAAGUCUCAGCAUAGCUAAAGACUGUUAACAACUGCAAAAUUCCUGUCAUGUUGCUACAAUUCAGCCAAAGUGCAUCCCAAUAAAAUAAAUAGCCUGAAAGUA